AUGUCAUUUGAAUCUCUGAAGCUGUACUGCGAUCGGCUAACGGAGUGGGAGCGAAACGAGAUCCGGAAGUACCCUGAGGUGUGGUUCCUGGGACUGGACGCGAACAAGGUGCAGGCGAAGGCAAACCUGCCCAACAACUGCGGCUUCGAUGACGAGAACGGCAGCUAUAAUAAGGUGAUACGGGCCUUGGACCACCGCACCGGCACCCAGGUGGCCAUUAAGAUCAUACGUAACAAGAAGAGGUUCCACCAUCAGGCGCUAGUCGAGGUCCGGGUAUUGGACCACCUGCGGCUCAAGGACAAAGACCAUAUAAACCUGUACGAGUUGAUAAAGAAAAACAAGUACCAGGGGUUCAGCUUGAGCCUGAUCAGGCGGUUUGCGAGUUCGUUGCUGCGCUGCCUGAGGCUGCUGGAGGCCGAGAAUAUCAUACACUGUGAUCUCAAACCUGAGAAUAUCCUGCUUAAAGCGAGGGGUAGCUCGUCUAUCAAGGUGAUAGACUUUGGCAGCUCGUGUUACACACAUGCGAGAGUCUACACAUAUAUACAGUCAAGAUUCUAUAGAAGCCCAGAGGUGAUCCUUGGACUACAGUACGGCACAGCUAUUGAUAUGUGGAGCAUGGGUUGCAUUCUUGCGGAACUCCACACGGGAUACCCUUUAUUCCCGGGUGAGAACGAGGCAGAGCAGCUGGCUUGCAUUAUGGAGCUUCUGGGUCCGCCUCCGCCAGACCUGCUUCUCCACGCCACCAGAAAAAGAUUAUUCUUCGUUUUGAAAGUUACUAUAACAUUAUUUUUACGUUUAUAAUAUGUUACGUACAAUACUGGCUGGCCUAAGUGUUGCCUAUUCAGUAUCCUGAUCAGCAAUUUGGAUUCAGAGCCUCGAAAGAGCGCUUCUCAUAUAAAGUGUACAGCGACAUGCACAUGUUAGUUGCGUUUUAAGUUCGGAAAAAAACGACGUUCAUAAACGUUCGACUUAGGGUCUCCGAAUCGGAAUAUCCUGGUGAGGAAAUUGACCACGGAAAACGAACGUGUUCGACCUAAAGUCUAAGUAAAUAAUGAGUCAUUUAUGUCGGCAGACUCUAAGGGUUCCCCGCGCAGUGUGACCAACUCGAAGGGCCGCAAGCGGCGGCCCGGCUCACGAACUUUGGCGGCCGCGGUGCGAGCAGACGACACCGCCUUCCUACACUUCCUGCACCGAUGUCUAGAAUGGGACCCCAAACGGCGGAUCACCCCGACGGAGGCGUCCAGGCACGAAUUCGUGACGGGUUGUGUGGCCAGCGGGGGCGCCCUCGCACUACCCAGACUUGCGCCGCCGAGACCUGCGCGCGCGCUGCUGCACUCACAGUCUGCGGGUGACGUGGCCGCCAUGCUGGGCCGAGCGUGA